AUGGCCGGAGCGCAAACAUUAUAUUCUCUACCGGCUCUCUCACAGCUGGCGCUUCCAGGACGGCAGCGACAGGAGCUUAAAACGGCGGAUUUGCUGCUCCUCGCACUGUCUCAACGACAGUCUGGGGACGGGCCUAGCAAGAACUCAGCAGAUGGGGAAAGCAGGGGGUUCAUGGGUCGAGCGGUGAAGUGGGAGGAGGUGGUGGGGAGCGUGGCAGCGCGGCGAGACGUGCGACUGGCAGUGCUGCACGCGCUGAGAAGGAAGCGGGUGGACGAGGCAGUCGAUCUGCUCUGCUCUCUCUCAGUGCUGGGGCUAUCCCCAAGGAAGCUAGCAGUGAGCGACCAGGUGUAUCAAGCAUGCGUCGCCACCGCCAACCUGCCGCUCGUAAUGCGCUUCAUCCUUCAACUGCCAUCUGCAAGCUCGGUGGAUUACAACAAGGCCCUCAAGGAGUGUGCCAGGCAGGGCAGGCUUUCGCCCCUUUCAGACUGCCAACUCACCCACUGUCCUGUUCCUCCUUCUCCCAUCGCAGCUUCAUCCUUCACCUGCCAUCUGCAAGCUCGGUGGAUUACAACAAGGCCCUCAAGUAGUGUGCCAGGCAGGGCAGGCUUUCGCCCCUUUCAGACUGCCAACUCACCCACUGUCCUGUUCCUCCUUCUCCCAUCGCAGCUUCAUCCUUCACCUGCCAUCUGCAAGCUCGGUGGAUUACAACAAGGCCCUCAAGGAGUGUGCCAGGCAGGGCAGGCUUUCGCCCCUUUCAGACUGCCAACUCACCCACUGUCCUGUUCCUCCUCCCAUCGCAGCUUCAUCCUUCACCUGCCAUCUGCAAGCUCGGUGGAUUACAACAAGGCCCUCAAGGAGUGUGCCAGGCAGGGGAAGCUACAACUAGCCCUGACUCUCUUCCACGCACUCAGAAGGGGGUGCAGAGCAGGAGGAAGUGGGGGUGGUGAUAGCAGCAGCAGCAGCAGCAGCAGCAGCAGCAGCAGCAGCAGCAGCAGCAGCAGUGGUACCAGGAAGUCAGCUGGAGAAGAUUUGUUGCCACCUCCUGGCGUUUCACCUGAGGUUUCUCCUGAGGGGGGCGCGUUACCUGAAAUAGCACAUGGAGUGGCACCUGAUAUGUUCACGUACCGCUCCAUGAUGGAUGCUUGUGCCGCUUGCGGAGCCGGCACUACGGCCUCUGAAAUACUCCAGGCUAUGGUGGAGGAGGACGGGGUGGUACCCAACACCUACGUGGUCAACAGUGCACUCAACGCGUGCAUCAGUGACUGGGAUGCCACGUGGUCGCUCUGGUUCCGCAUGGAGGAAUCUCAAGAAACGCUAAUUCUCCGUUCCCUCCUCCUCUCUGUGCCCCCUUGCCCGUCCCUCCCAACCAGUGCUUUUGGAGUAGUAUCCGUCCUUCCCCCACCGCACCACCUUCACUUCUAUAUCUCCCUUGUCGCUCUUCUCUUGCCAUUCUGCCACCCACCCCCUUUCCCAUCUCUGCCAAACUGCGCUUUCGGGAAUCGACCCCCCUCACCACCUUCACCAUGCUUCGCAAGCCCUCUCGUUCACAGUCCGGGCUAUUCCCCUCGCCGUUCUUCUCUUUCCGUUCUGCCAUCCCCUUUUGAGUCGACUAAAAAGUCUUCUCUUUCUGUUCUGCCAUCCCCUUUUGAGUCGACUCAAAAGUCUUCUCUUUCUGUUCUGCCAUCCCCUUUUGAGUCGACUCAAAAGUCUUCUCUUUCUGUUCUGCCAUCCCCUUUUGAGUCGACUCAAAAGUCUUCUCUUUCUGUUCUGCCAUCCCCUUUUGAGUCGACUCAAAAGUCUUCUCUUUCUGUUCUGCCAUCCCCUUUUGAGUCGACUCAAAAGUCUUCUCUUUCUGUUCUGCCAUCCCCUUUUGAGUCGACUCAAAAGUCUUCUCUUUCUGUUCUGCCAUCCCCUUUUGAGUCGACUCAAAAGUCUUCUCUUUCUGUUCUGCCAUCACCUUUUGCACCUCCCUACCAGCGCCUCGGUGUGCAACCCGACGCCACCACCUUCAACACGCUGCUUAAGGCCUGCGCUGCCCACUGCCGCCCGGAUGCCGCCCAGCUGCUGUACGAGCAGCUGAGGGCGCUGGAGGAGCGAGAAGAAAGGGCUGGGAACAACCACAGCAGCAGCCAGCACACCAGCAGCCAACACAGCAGCAGCAAGAACAGCAGUAAUCAUGCCAGCGAGAACAGCAGUGCCAGCAGCAGCAGGGACAACAGCAGCACCAGUGACAGCAGCAGCAGCAGCGACAGCAGAAGCAGCAGCAGCAGCAGCAGUCGCCCCAGGUACCUAGACGUGUACACAUACAGCACAGUCAUCCAGAUCCUCGCGCAGGCUGGCCGCUUCCAAGCCGCCUUCGCCGUGAAAUCCGACAUGGACCAAUCAGGCGUGCGCGCCAACGUGGUGACGUGGACGUCUCUGAUUGGUGUGUGCGCGCACGCGGGAUUUGUGGACCACGCGUUUAGGGUUUUUGACGAGAUGGUAGGUUCGGGAUGUGAGGCGACCACUGCUGUGUAUAACCUGAUGAUUGACAUGUGCGCCGAAGCUGGGCUGGAGGAUCGGGCGGUGGGGUUGCUUCGGGAGAUGCAGGCUGGGGGGAGGAAGGGGGGGAUGAGGGUGGGGGAGGAGAGGGGGGAUGAGGAGGGUGGAGUGGAGCAAGGGGUUUCAGUUGCUGCAUCGUCUCCUGUCUCCUCCUCCUCCACCUCCUCCUCCUCCUCCUCCUCCUCCUCCUCCUCCUCCUCCUCCUCCUCCUCCUCCUUCUCCUCCUCCUCCCCCUCCCCCUCCUCUCCCCCCUCCUCCUCAUGCGCCCCCGAUAUAAUCACAUUCAACACAGUCAUCAAGGCGUGCACAGGGAGUCCCCAGCGCGCGCGGGCGUUUGUGGGGGAGAUGAGAGCGGCGGGGAUACAGCCGAACGAGCGCACGUGGGUGGCACUGCUGGAUUGCCACGGGACGAAUGCUGAUACCACUGCUGCUGUGCAGGUGGGUGUGGGCACUGGGGGGCGAUGCUGCUGUCUAGGAGUUUCAAGACAUGCGUUUCAAGACAUGCAAGCAGCAGGGUUCAAGGCGGACGUAGUGGCAUACACUGCUGUCAUCAAGGCGUGCAUUCGCGGAGGAGACUGGGACCGUGCGUUUGGCUUCUAUGACAGAAUGAAGGCUGAGGGAGUCAGGCCCAACCUGGUCACAUUCAACACUCUCCUUCGCCUUCGCUUGCAAGCCGACACUCUCCCACCCUCCUCCUCCUCCUCCUCCUCCUCCUCCUCCUCCUCCUCCUCCUCCUCCUCCUCCUCCUCCUCCUCCUCCCCCCCCCCCUCUUCCCCCUAUCCCUCCUCCCAAUUCCCCCCCUCGCCUCUCCCUUCCUCCUCCCGAAUUCCGCGCCUGACUGCCAUUGGCGCAUCAGCAGCAGCCAAUCAGAGGCGCAUUCAGCGGCUGCUGCUGGUGUAUGAGGAGAUGAGGCAGGCGGGGUGA